ACGACACCAAGAUUCCUUUAAAGAACGACUCAUUGCAUUGAUACCAAAUCGUAUCAUUCAUGAUGACGGCGCCCAAUGUUGUUCAGUCCUCUCCCAGCCUCGCCCUUAGCUUUCUUUCCGAUCUGACCCCGCCGUCCCUCGAACGCACAUGGCUUACAGCACCUCAUCCAACCCUCCCUCUCGUCGCAACUUGCAGCUCUGACAAGACGGUUCGCGUUUAUUCCCUGGUUAACUUUCGCCUCCUUUCGACAAUUUCUGGCGGCCAUAAGCGAAGCAUCCGCACUUGUGCCUGGAAACCUAACGUCUCAGGCGAAAGCGUCCUUGCGACGGGAAGCUUCGACGCAACGGUAGGCAUUUGGAGACGAUGGGAUGACUAUGGAGAGGAGGAAACCUUAGCGCAAGGAAAUAAGAACACAAAAAACUUUGGAGCUGAAGAAGACCGCGAAGAAGACGAAGACGACGAAUGGCGUUUUGCCGUCCUACUCGACGGACACGACAGCGAAGUCAAAUCCGUCUCGUGGUCUGCAUCAGGCAUGCUUCUUGCUACGUGCUCACGGGACAAAUCUAUCUGGAUCUGGGAGGACCUCGAAGAUGGAGACAACAAUUUCGAGACCGUAGCUGUGAUGCAGGAGCAUGAGGGAGACGUCAAAUGCGUUGCCUGGCACCCCGCAGAGGAAUGUCUUGCCAGUGGUAGUUACGAUGAUACUAUCCGAAUCUGGCGUGAGGAUAUCGAUGACUGGGGUCAGGUCGCCUGUAUCAAAGGCCACACGGGAACGGUCUGGGGCAUUGACUGGGAGGAUGCUGAGAAUGUGCCUUUCCCUUCAACUUCCAAUGGCGUAUCCGGACAGGAGGAAGAGUGGAAAACGUGGCAUGCUCUUUCGGGGCCUCGUCUUGUGUCUUGCUCGCAUGAUCAAUCUGUCCGCGUUUGGCGACGACAGCCAAAAGCGCAAUUGAACACCGCUGGAGCUAGCUCGAUACCGAGUAUUAUCCGGCCGUCCGGCACGGAUGAAACGUGGGAGGAGGAUGUUGUUCUCCCGCAUGCGCAUGAGCUUCCGAUAUACGCUGUCGCUUGGAGUCGACGAACGGGCUUGUUAGCCUCUGUCGGCGCUGACGGACGUCUUGUGGUCUACGAAGAGCGAUUUGUUUCGUCUCAUACGAAACCUCAGGCCAUGAAUACUGAUGAAGUCUCGCCGAAUCUUGGCGAGGGAGUAUGUGCGCCGCACCCAUCAACGGAAUGGAGCAUCGUUGCGGUCGUAAAUGGUGCACAUGGUAUUUAUGAGAUCAACCAUGUUGCGUGGGCAAAACGUGCCGACAGAGGUCGUGAUGGGAACAAGGAGGAAGAGGUGUUAAUAACUACCGCGGAUGAUGGGAGUAUCAAAGUGUGGACGUUGACAAGGUGA